GUGGGAUAGAAUGUAUAGUUCUAUUUUACUUGUUUGUUGGUCACUUCAUCCAAAAUUAGCAAAUGAUCGAGCAAGCAAGUUAUCAUGUAUUCAUUGGCACAUGAUUCAAGAUGAAAAUAUACAAAAUAUAAAACCUAAAAAUUUUCAAUCUAAUGAAUUGUUUGAAAAUGAUAAUGAAUUCUAUACAUCAGAGGAACAAUUGGAAACCCUGAGGAGACUAUAA